GGGUACGAGGCCGAGGCAGAUGGAGAGACGGGUGUCAGGGUUCAGGUGACACAAGCGGCGGCCGCCGGGCACGUAACUUGCGCAUUGUUCCGGGCGUAAGUGAGGUUGGUGCAUUGUGCGUUCCGCAGAAGAGCGCGGCGGCGGCGGCGCUGCUGCUGCUGCUGAGGGGAGAAGAAAACCGCCGCCGUCGCCAUGGAAGGGAAGCCGGGCGAGCAGCCGCUGUGCGACAGCCUCAUUCUCUGGUUACAGACAUUUAAUACUGCUGAAUCCUGCAAAGAUGUUCAGGACUUAACUAAUGGUGUUGCCAUGGCACAAGUUCUUCAUGAAAUUGAUGCUGCUUGGUUUGACAAAGUUUGGCUAAGCCGUAUUAAAGAAGAUGUUGGUGACAACUGGAGAAUAAAGGCCAGCAAUUUGAAGAAGGUUCUUCAAGGAAUUACAGAUUAUUAUCAUGAGUUUUUAGGUCAGCAGAUUUCAGAAGAUCUCCUUCCUGAUUUAAGCCAGAUAUCUGAACAUUCUGAUCCAGUAGAGCUGGGCAGGUUACUGCAGCUUAUUUUAGGCUGUGCGGUCAACUGCGAAAAGAAACAAGAGCAUAUACAAGUUAUAAUGACACUAGAGGAGUCUGUCCAACACGUUGUUAUGGCUGCUAUUCAAGAGUUGAUGAGCAAAGAAAUAGUGGGCUUUGUAAGUGAGUUGCCUGGCGAUCUGGAGCAACAGCUGAAAAGAACAUUGGAAGAACUCAAUGAAGUACUAGCAGAAAAAGAAGAGCUGAAACAAAGAUGCCAAGAACUAGACCUACAGGUGGCUGCCCUUCAAGAAGAAAAGAGCAGUUUGAUGUCUGAAAAUGAGAUUAUGAAUGAUAGACUGGACCAGCUGGAUGGUUCUCUUGAUGAUACAAAUACUGCAGUUGCAAAGAAGUAUUUCAAUGCGCAAAUGCAACUAGAGCAACUACAGGAAGAAAAUUUCAGGCUUGAAACUGCAAAAGAUGAUUAUCGUGUUCAUUGUGAAGAACUUGAGAAACAACUGGUUGAGCUUCAACAUCGGAAUGAUGAACUGACCUCUCUGGCAGAAGAAUCAAGGGCUCUAAAAGAUGAGAUUGAUGUUCUUAGGACGCUUGCUGACAAGACAAACAAGCUGGAGUCAACUGUUGAGGUUUACCGCAAAAAACUGGAGGACCUGAAUGACUUUCGCAGACAGGUGAAAUCACUUCAGGAAACAAAUAUGAUGUAUAUGCACAAUACCGUUAGCCUAGAGGAAGAGCUGAAGAAAGCCAACGCAGCCCGUGCACAGCUAGAAACUUACAAAAGGCAGGUCCAAGAACUUCAUAACAAACUUUCUGAAGAAUCCAAAAGAGCUGAUACACUAGCAUUUGAACAGAAGCGACUGGAAGAGAAGCAUGAAGCAUUAAUUAAAGAGAAAGAGAGAUUGAUAGUUCAGCGUGAUGCACUGAAAGAGACAAAUGAAGAGCUCAGGUGUUCACAGAUGCAGCAGGAUCACCUGAACCAAACAGAUGCAUCCGCUGUUAAAAGUUAUGAAAAUCUUGCUGCUGAAAUUCUGCCUGUGGAAUAUAGAGAAAUGUUCAUCCGGCUGCAGCAUGAAAACAAGAUGCUCCACUUGCAACAAGAGGGAUCAGAAAAUGAACAAAUUGUGGAGCUUCAAGAGAAGCUAGAACAAAAGCAUCGAACAAUAAAUGAAUUAGAGACUGAAAACAGGCUGAGCAAGGAGCGGGUUGGAGAGCUGCAGCAGCAGAUUGAGGACCUGCAGAAGACCUUGCAGGAACAAGAAUCCAAGACAGAAGAGGAAGGGUCCAGCAAGCUGAAGCAGAAGAUAGCAGCACACAUGGAAAAAUUGAGUGAAGUCCAUGAUGAAUUACAGAAGAAGGAGGCGCUUCUUGCAGACCUGCAGCCAGAUCUAAAUCAAAAUGCACAAAAAAUUGAAGAACUGGAAGCAGCUUUGCAUAAGAAAGAUGAAGAUAUGAAAUCGAUGGAGGAGAGGUAUAAAAUGUACCUGGAAAAAGCAAGAAGUGUGAUAAAAACGUUGGACCCCAAAUUAAAUCCCGCAUCUGCUGAAAUCAUGUUGCUGAGGAAACAGCUGACAGAGAAAGAUAAAAGAAUUGAAGCACUUGAGGGAGAAUGUAAAUUGGCCAGGCUACAUGACCAUGAAGAAAAGUUAAUUGUGUCUGCAUGGUACAACAAGAGCUUAGCGUUUCAUAAACUGGGCAUGGAAUCUAGACUCCUAAGUGGGAAUGCUGCCUACAAAGACGCUGGUCCCUGCACACCCGGGCGCUCUUUCCUUGCACAGCAACGGCACGUGACCAAUACCCGAAGGAAUCUUUCUGUUAAAGUACCACCUGCAACAUCAGAUUAAACCACAGAGGAUAUUCGUGCACUAAAGUGUCCUUAACUUAUUUUGUAACUUUUGUUUUAAACUACCUGACGAAGAGCGUGAUUGUGAUGCUGGGCAUCAGCUAUUUCACACCUGAGACCAUAAGGCUGGUAAAUUUGAUUUGGCCAGAGAUGACUAUAAGAAGCAACAUGUGUCAAAUUACUUAUCUUGAUUUUAAACAGAUCUGAGGUAUGUGUUUAUAAGCACAGCUCAAAAGGAGUUUUAUUUGUCUUCAUAAUGUAUAUAUAAAUACCAAAAUUGGCAUCCUAUUUAAAAUUCUAUUUAAUGUUUUAGUCUAGGAUGUGUACUGAUUUUAGUGGGAGUACAUUUUUAUGACUGUCAUCUGCACAAAGAAAAGUAAUCCCCCCCCCCCGGACCUUCUGCUACUUUACAAAA